CAAACACACACCCCCCCCCCCCCCAAUCCCCACCCCACCAAACCCCAAAUCUCCUCCUCCUCCUCCUUUUUCACGAACAUUAAUGACGCCUCCACUCCUCACGAUCAUAAAUCAAAACAAGUGAAUUAUAUAUAUAUUCAACAAUUUAUAAUUUAAUUAAUAGCAAACAACCCAUCAAGACAGAGACCAUCCAUGAAUCCAACAAACCCUAAUGGUGGUGAUGGUAGUGGUGGAGGGAGCAGUAGUAGUGGUGGUGGCGGUACCGGCAGCGGCAGUCCAUGUGGCGCGUGCAAAUUUUUGAGGAGGAAGUGUGUGCCUGGGUGCAUAUUUGCACCCUACUUUGAUUCGGAGCAAGGCGCGGCUCAUUUUGCGGCGGUGCACAAGGUUUUCGGAGCCAGCAAUGUCUCCAAGCUUCUUCUUCAUAUUCCAGUACAUAAGCGGCUCGACGCCGUUGUCACCAUAUGUUACGAGGCUCAAGCCCGCCUUAGAGAUCCAGUCUACGGCUGUGUUGCUCACAUAUUCGCUCUCCAACAACAGGUGGUGAAUCUGCAAGCUGAGCUCUCAUACUUACAAGCCCACCUAGCGACAAUGGAGCUUCCAUCACCACCACCUCCACCCCCACCACCAUCAGCAGCAGCACUCAUUACCCCACCUCAAUUCUCCAUCUCAGACCUUCCAUCAGCAGUCUCCUCCAUGCCCGCUUCAUACGAUUUGUCCUCACUUUUCGAACCCAUGGUCAUGCAACCUUGGUCCAUGCAACAGCGUGCGUUGCAUGACCUGCGUCACCAUCAUCAAUUCGGAGGCGGCAGUAGCGGUCCGGGUUCACCAGCUGGCGGUGGUGGUGGAGAUCUUCAAAGUUUGGCUCGUGAGCUACUUCAUAGGCAUAGCUCAUCUCCAUCACCUGGGUCUGUACCGUGCUCUGAGAGUUCACCAUCUCAUUCUCACCCCAAAUGAGAGUAGUGAUCGAACCAAUCAUCAAUUAAUUUACGAGUACUUGCCUGAUGAAAUGCAUGUUAACUCAUGAACAUAUAUAAUAUAUAUGUACUAGCAAGAGAACAUAGUGUUAGGGUUUCGGUGGGCAGGUAAUUUUAAUGACGCAUUUAUAUUUUUCUA